AUGGAUCUCAAGGGGCUCCUCUCCUUGAACUUCCUGCUGUUUCUCUCCCUGGCUUUUGAGCCGAGCUGUGGAACAGACCCACAGAGAAGGAAAAACGCCAUCAGGUUGCAUUUUCUUCUGACGGAAAGGUCCAGUCAGAAUCCCAGGGGGUUCACUCGAGUGAGGCCUUCUUUCCUCCCCCUCCUGACAGAACAGGUCUCCACUCCGGAAAUAAAGGUGUUGAACUGGACCCAGGAGAGCGGAAACUGCAGCUUGACGCUGGCCUGCGAAGUGGAGAAGGGGGACCAUGUGGCUUACAGCUGGAGGGAGGAGACAGGUGCCGACCCGCCGAUCUCAGCCAACAGCUCGCACCUGCACCUCAGCCUGGGCCCUCAGCACGUCCACAACGUCUACGUCUGCACCGUGAGCAACCCCAUCGGCAACCACUCGCAGACCUUCACCCCGUGGUCCGUGUGCAUGCCAGACCCUCCAGAACUAAGACCCUGGGGACUGUAUGUCGGGCUGUCCUCAGGGGCCAUCAUUGGUGUCAUCUUGACGCUCAAAGUAGCAGUGCUGCUGUUGAGAAGAAGAGGUAAAGCAAAUCAUUACCAGUCAACCACAGAAGCAAAAAGCCUUACUAUCUAUGCCCAAGUCCAGAAAUCAGGUUCCAUUCAGAAGAAACCUGAUGCCCCGUCAGCUCAGGACCCCUGCACCACCAUUUAUGUCGCUGCCACAGAACCUGUCCCAGAGCCUGUCCAGCAACCUCCCCAGGAACCAAAGUCCAUCACAGUCUACGCCAGCGUGACACUGCCGGAGAGCUGA